AUGACCGGCCGCCCAGGUGUUUGCCUUGUUGUCGGCGGGCCUGGAGUGCUGCAUGCAAUGGCCGGGAUCGGAAAUGCAACUGCCAAUGCGUUUCCACUUCUUGUUCUUGCAGGCUCGGUAGAAACCGCUAUUGUCACAAAAGGAGGUUUCCAAGAAUUAGAUGCAAUCUCUCUUCUUAAUCCACACACAAAGUUUGCCGUCCGGCCUACUUCAGCUGAUGGCAUUGGCGCCGCUCUUCAGAAUGCAUAUCGAACAUGUUGGUACGGCCGCCCAGGCACAUCCUUUGUUGAUUUACCGGCAGAUUUGAUUCGGGCCAAGGCAUUACAGCCCCCAACUGCUAUUCCCCGAUUGAGACUCCCAGCACCCCCCAAGUCAAGCGCCAAUCCAGUGAUAAUACAUAAAGUGGCACAACUUUUGAAAUCCGCAACAGCGCCAUUGAUUGUUAUUGGGAAGGGUGCUGCAUAUGCUCGUGCAGAAUUCUCCAUUCGCCAGUUGGUCGAAGGGACUCGGAUUCCUUUCUUGCCCACUCCAAUGGGCAAAGGGGUGAUGCCUGACAGCCACUAUUUAAAUACAUCCAGCGCGAGAAGUGUAGCGUUGAGGAACGCGGACGUUGUUCUGCUACUAGGCGCCCGUUUGAACUGGAUUCUUCAUUUGGAGGACACCUCUCUUGCAACGUUAGAUUCCCUGUCGGCACCAGAAGACGGGAAUAUCGUGUACGUUUCCGAAGGAGCAAAUACGAUGGACAUUUCCCGUUCUGUGUUUCAGUUACAACACCCACGCCAGAAACUGGAUGCCGGUACUUCUGCGACUAUGGGAGUAGGCUUAGGAUACAUUGUUGCCGCCCACGCGGCUUAUAAUAUUUCUUCGAUAGGCCGUGGCCCACAGAACCAAAAGAAAAUUGUAGCGUUCGAAGGAGACAGUGCAUUUGGAUUCAGCGCCAUGGAGAUUGAAACUCUUGCUCGCCAACAGAUACCGGCAUUGAUUUUUGUUAUGAACAACUCUGGGAUAUACCACGGGGAUACCGAAAACGAAGAAGAGUGGCGGAAGUUGCAAAAGCAAACGGUCAUGAACGAGACACAAGACCAUGGCAGAAGCUAUUGUCAUCGAUCAAAAAAGGGUCUUCGUUCUACAAGUCUCCUUUAUAAUACUCGUUACGAAUAUCUGGCUACUAUGUGUGGAGGUGUUGGGUAUUUUGUGAGGACAGAGCAAGAAUUAGAAGAUGCAACAAGGCAGGGCUUCUUGGAAAAUGAAAGAGUUGUACUUGUCAAUGUCAUUGUGGAACCUGGAGUUGGUCAGACCAUUCAGUUCGGAUGGCAAUCACCCAGCAAGAAAACUGGCCAUGAUGCGAGGCUGUGA